UUGUGCACACACCUUAGCCCUCGAUCUUAGAGGCACAGUUCUUUUUGCCAUACAGCCUAUAAAUACGCGAGGCGCUUUAUGUGCUUAAACAGUCUUUUUUUACCAACCGCACCGCGUGGUUCUAGCACGAUGUUUGCAAAAGUGGUUGUUGUCGCGGUGGUCCUUGCAGUAGCUCGGGCAGCUCCGAGGGAAGACAUGGGAAUGAAGAGCAUGCUAAGGAUAUAUGAAGAGUGUCAGCGGGCUGAUGGGAUCGUUCCUUGUUUGAAAAAGAAGGCUAUUCUGUUCUUCGAUCGAGUAGCGAGGAUGGAAGCUAUUCCUGUUAUAGACGGGAUAGAGGUUAUAAAAUCUUCGGAGCCUGAGGUACAGCCUAUGAGUGAGAAGGAUAUUGAAGCCACGCUGCCAAGGAAUCUUCAGGAUAAGGAUGAGACCCUUUCAGAGAUGCUGUGGGACAGGAUUGCGUCCUUUGCCAAUUCGAGGACCAUUCAGCUGUCCCUUCCUAAAAUGACAGGAAAGGAGCUCAAUAGGGGCGUCGAAGAAGGACGAGGAAAGAUGAAAAAGAUGAUGGGAAUGAUGGCAAUGGGCUUCGCGAUGAAAAUGGCGGCGAUGGUACCACUGGCUAUUGCUGGACUCUUCAUCCUGGCUGGCAAGGCCCUCAUAGUCUCAAAGAUCGCUCUCCUCCUCUCCGGCAUCAUAGCCCUCAAGAAGAUCAUAGCACAGAAGAACAGUGGCGGCGGCCAUGACAGUGGCUGGUCGUCUGGUGGCAGCGGAGGCUGGGACCGUCGCUCGUACAACGACGUGUCGGAACUUGCUUAUGCGGCUUAUAAGAAAGAGUGAAUAAGUAUUUUUUAAUGCCAGAAAGAAUAGAUGUUAUUUUAUAAGUGUAACUUAUAAUGCCACCUCAUUUUGUUUUUUAAAAUCACUCGUACAAUGAUAUUGUCUCCGAGCUGGCUUAUCCGGCUUACAAGAAAGUCUUUUCUAAUUUCGGAAUAGAUGUUAUUUAAUUUCUAAUGCCACCUCAUUUUUGUUUAGCUUUCAUUUGUUUUUACAACGAUCUGUCACAGCAGGCAUAUGCGGCUUAUUAGAGUUAAAAGAAAGAGUAAAUAGGUCCAACUUUUCUCACCUGAUGCCACCUCAUUUCUGUUUCGUUAGACGAUGUCUUGGAGCUAGCGUAUGCGGCUUUUAAGAAAGAGUAGAAGUUAUUAACUGGUUUAAGUCAUAUUACUACUGCCACCUCAUUUUUGUUUAAUUUCUAACGCGAUCUGUCGGAACAAACCGAUUCUGCAUACAAAAAUUAAUACAUUUUUAUAUUAUUAUGUUUAGGUAUUGAAUAGAUUCUAAUGCCACCUAAUUUUGUUUUGGCUUAAUUCCUAUUUACAACGACGUCUCGGAGUUUGCAUAUGCGGCUAAGAAAGAAUAAUUCUUAUUUUUGUUAUAAGUCUUUCUAAUGCCACCUCAUUUUUUGUUUAGUUUUAAUUUGUGUGAAGAUUGUGACGGCUCAUCAUAACUUGCAUAUUCGGCCUAUAAAACCUCAUUUUUAUUUUUAUUUCUAGUGGUAAUGUAAAACCACGUUUUAUAUGCAAACAUGAUACUAUAUUUAAUUUGGCAAGUCAUAUGGUUCACCUUUUUUUUAAGUUCGUGAUAUUUUUUUUAUUUUUACUCCCACCUUUUUGAAACAUGUGACUUGUUAUGUAUUUUUUAACAAGAAUUAGGUACUAAUUGAAAUUGUUCUUUGUCAAGGACAAUUUGGAAGUACUUUAUAUUUAAAGGUGUAUUUUGUAAUUUAUUUAUUUUAGGUUUAAGGUUCGACUGCUUCGUGCCGGAAUACUCAUUUUUUAAUCUAUUUUAAUUUGUGUCAUAUAUUAUAUUUAU